ACUUUCUUCUCACAUGCUUUAAAAGAUUUUCUUGUUAAUUGCUCAUGGGUUGCACAAGUAGAACAACGUAAUUAUUGUGGUAGCCAAUUAGUGGCUCGUUGGUCAGCAACUGGCUCAAUAUUCACACAAUUAUUAAUUUUUUUCAUUUUUUUUGUAAGUAUUUUUAAGUUGAUUUUCUCCUUGAAUUUUUAUUUACAUGAAUCGCAUAGAUUUUCAUAUUUUAUGGCGAUAGCUGCAAGUACCAUUCCAGUACCCGGAGGAAUUUUUAUGCCUUCAUUUGUUCUUGGAGCAGGAAUAGGUCGAUUAUUUGGUGAGAUAACUUCGCAUAUUUUUCCAGAUGGCAUAAGAAAUGAUGGUCGAUUAUUGGUACAUCCUGGAGUUUAUUCUAUCGUCGGUGCAACAGCAUUUUGCGGUGCCAUCACACAUACAAUAUCAGUUUCAGUUAUCGCAUUCGAAUUAACCGGCCAGCUGCUUCACAUUUUACCCGUAAUGCUUGCUGUGAUGAUUUCCAAUACAAUUUGCUCAUCGUUACAACCAUCAUUUUUCGAUAGUAUUAUUCGAAUCAAACGAUUGCCUUAUCUUCCUGACAUUCCAAAAUCCACACCAGAAGUGCAUGAGAUUCGAGUUGAUCAGAUAAUGAUUAAAGAAGUCAUAUCGCUCAGCGCCAAAACUACAUAUCUGGAAUUACAGCAGUAUUUAGCUAUACGACCUCGCAUACACGCAUUACCUCUCGUCGAUUCUCCAGGUUUCCUCGAAAUUCCCUUGUUUUUUUUUCUAAAAAGAGAUUUUGAUGAAAGCGAUUAUCUUUAA